CCAUUAUAAGCCAAACCCCAAGACUCUCUCUCUCUGCCUUUCUCUGUAUCUUGUUGCUUUCUCCGGGAAAUUGUUACGUCAGCCAUCGGUCGCCAAAUCUUUCCUUAACGGAAUCGUGUCAGCCCGCCGAGGUAUUGUUCAUAGCAGAUUUUGCGUUGCCGAAGCGGUUCGUGUAAUGUGAAAAUCUGAAGCGUUCUAUUUCGUUUUUUCUAUUUUCCUGUUUGGAAUUUAUGGUUUUAGUUCUCCUUCAGAUCUGGUAGUUUUUGGUUUGAGAUUAUGGUUGUGAGAGAUUUAGGGUUUAUAAUGACUUUCUUUGUUUUGGUUUUGGAGAAUAAUUUGGGAUGGUGAUGAAUUUUGAUUGGAACUUUUCAAAUUUAGCGUUUCUUGUGUGUUUUAACGUGAAUUUGGAAUGCUUAGGAGCAAAUAUUUUUAAAUUUAGGGGUUUGUGUUGAUCAUUGGCAUUUAUGGCUGAGAGCAGGAGAUCUGGCGACCAACCAGGUAUCUUUAUGAAGAAUAGGAGCUCUUCAGGUUGUUUAAUUGUCAGAAAGAAGAGCGAGGAUAUUAGUGUGCCUGGUUCCUCUGGUACUCGAAAUGUUUUUGAGUCAAAAAAGGAAAAAAAGAGGCCUAGGAUGGUUAUGAGCGAUUCUGGGUCCAGUGAUGAGCUGUUAAUGCCACCGGGUAGAAGGUUGGGUGCUGAGACGUUAAGAGUUUGUAAUGGUUUGAGUGGCGUAGAGAAGGGUGGUGUGGAACAGAGUGAGUUCAGAAGGAAGAGGGAUAGGGAUAGGGUGGAGCGAGUUAGGCAUAAUGAUGAUGAUUUGAUUGGUAGAAAUGAGGGGUAUAGUGAUAGGAAGAGGAAUAGCUUAGAUGUCUUUGAAUUUGAUGAGUAUGAUGGGGUAGAUGGGGAAAUGAUGAGGAGGCGGAAGCAUUUGGAAAAUAGCAGAGUGGAUAUCGGAGGAAGAAGGUUUUUGGGGAUGACUAUGGCAGGAAGCGGGAUUGAGAGUCAAUUUGAUACUAGUUCAAGUAGAUGUGUUGUUGAUAAGAGAAAAAAUUUGUAUCUUGCAAGGACAACUAGCUUUAAUCAGGGUGGCGUGAAUAGGUUUGGGAUGGAUAGGGAUGCAGGUAGGAUGCCUAUACCACUGUUGAGAGAGAAGUAUACGGGAGAUUCAGAUGAACCCAUUAGGCUUCAGGGGAAAAAUGGGGUUCUAAAGGUUAUGGUGAACAAGAAGAAAAAGAUGGGUGAGUCUGUGAAAAAAUAUGAUCACUUGGAUUCUGAGGAAAACCUAAAUAGUUUUAGAGACAGGAAGAGGAAUGUGCCUAUACAGCCUCCAUCUUAUUUAGAAACAGAAGUUCUUGAGAAACCUUCUUCAUUUGUUAGGACCAAGAAAAAUCAAAUUAAUUUGCAAAAAUCUCUGUCACCCAAGAAGAGUAAGGAUGCUGACUCUGAUUCAGAUGAAAGUGAUACUGCAUUGAAACUCAGAUCAAAGAGAAUAGAAGCACGCACAUCCAAGAAAGAGGAUAGCUCUGAAAGUGAAAAAACUCCUGCUGGAAAUCUCACAUUAACUGUUACCGAAGAAAGAAAAGUUAGACGUGGUAGUGGCACGGAAAAACAAAAACUACGUGAAAGGAUAAGGGGGAUGCUUGUGGAGGCAGGUUGGACAAUAGAUUACAGGCCUAGGAGGAACAGAGACUACCUUGAUGCAGUGUACAUUAACCCGUCUGGAACAGCUUACUGGUCCAUUAUCAAGGCAUAUGAUGCACUUUUGAAACAAUUAAAUGUUGACGAAGAAGAUAUCAAACCAAAUGUUGAUGGUUCUCCAUUUGCUCCAUUGUCAGAUGAAGUCCUUAGCCAAUUAACUCGAAAAACACGAAAGAAGAUUGAGAAAGAAAUGAAAAAGAAGCAAAGAGAUGGCAGUCAGAGUGUGAACACUAGAGAAGCUGCUGCCAAGAGAUCUUCAAGUACCAGGCUUGAUGAGGAGAGCAUGGGCAGCAUUAGCCAUGAGGAGAAACUAAGUUCAUUUUUAAAGCAGGGUGGUAAAUCAUCAAAGAGUAGAAUGAAUGAGAAUGGUGUUGUUAGCCAGAACUCAAAAGGUCAGAGUUCUGCCCAUAAUUUGCAUGAUGGUGAUGAAAAACCUACUUCUGCAUCCAAUUCUCGUUUAUUGCAUGGAAGGAAAAGUAGAAAACUUGGCAGAUGUACUUUGUUGGUUCGUAGUUCCAAUGAGGGGCCAAAUUCGGAGACUGAUGGAUUUGUUCCAUUUUCUGGAAAGCGUACACUGCUUUCUUGGCUGAUUGACUCGGGGACUGUGCAAUUGAGCCAAAAGGUGCAGUAUAUGAAUCGUCGUCGAACGAAAGUGAUGUUGGAGGGCUGGGUUACUAGAGAUGGCAUUCAUUGUGGUUGUUGCAGUAAGAUACUCACAGUUUCAAAGUUUGAGAUUCAUGCGGGAAGCAAAUUGCGCCAGCCAUUUCAAAACAUUUAUUUGGACUCUGGGGUUUCCCUUCUGCAAUGCCAAAUUGAUGCAUGGAAUAAACAAGAGAAUUCUGAGCGCAUAGGUUUUGACACUGUGGACAUUGACGGGGAUGAUCCAAAUGAUGAUACUUGUGGCAUUUGUGGAGAUGGUGGGGAUUUGAUCUGCUGUGAUGGUUGUCCUUCCACGUUUCAUCAGAACUGCCUAGAUAUACAGAUGCUUCCGGUUGGUGAUUGGCACUGUCCAAAUUGUACCUGCAAGUUUUGUGGUUCAGCUGGUGAGGAUAUUGAUGAAGGAAGUGGUAAAACAACUUGUUCAUUACUUACCUGCAGCAUGUGUGAGAAAAAAUAUCACAAAUUGUGUAUGCAGGACAUGGAUGCUGCUCCAGUAGAUUCGAAUUGUUCAGUUACUUCUUUUUGUGGGCAGAUGUGCAGAGAGCUGUUUGAGCAUUUGCAGAAAUAUCUGGGGGUCAAACAUGAAUUAGAAGUGGGAUUUUCAUGGUCCCUUAUUCAUCGAACAGAUGAAGAUUCAGACACAAUGUUUAAAGGACUUCCUCAAAGGGUGGAAAGCAAUUCUAAGCUGGCUGUUGCACUGGCUGUUAUGGAUGAGUGCUUUUUGCCCAUUGUUGACCGGAGGAGUGGAGUCAAUUCAAUUCACAACGUUCUAUAUAAUUCGGGAUCGAACUUUAAUCGGUUGAACUAUAGUGGUUUCUACACUGCUAUUCUGGAGAGGGGGGAUGAAAUAAUUUCAGCAGCAUCUAUCAGAUUCCAUGGGACUCAGUUAGCAGAGAUGCCAUUCAUUGGAACUCGCCAUAUAUAUAGGCGACAGGGAAUGUGCCGUCGACUUUUUUGUGCCCUUGAAUCGGCUCUCAACUCUCUCAAGGUUAAAAUACUGGUUAUCCCUGCAAUUGCAGAACUGAUGCAUACUUGGACUGGGAUUUUUGGUUUCACCCCCCUAGAGGAGUCACUUAAGCAAGAAAUGAGGUCUUUGAAUAUGUUGGUAUUCCCUGGUAUAGAUAUGUUACAGAAACUGAUACUGGAGAAGAAAGGUGUCAAGGAGAAGAUAAAAGCUAGAACAGGUUCACAGCAAACUGAGUCAGAGGCCAAGGCUGAUGUUGCGCCUGAGGUGGCAAAUGAAUCCAAUAUUGAUUCCUUGGCUGAGCAUGAUCCUGGUAAAUGUGAGGCCAAGGCUGUUGUUACACCUGAGGUGGAAAAUGAAUCCGAUAUCGAUUCCUCAGCUGAGCAUGAUCCUGAUAAGUGUGCAGAUAGUGGUUUGAUUCAUGCUAAUCUGAUAAAUGGCAUGGUUGCUGCCACAGAUUCCGAUUCCAAGUGUCUGGAUGUUUCCUUAAAUGGUACAUCUGUCCUGAGUGGUUCUUCGGAUGCACCAACUAAUGUCUUGGACAAGAAUCAUGACAUGCAAACAGAGUUGAAUUCUCCUGUCAAAGAGCAUCCCCAGUCUUGUAAAGAGGUUGAUAUGGUUGAUGCUCAUUCUAUAGAUACUGAUAUUGCUUCUCAUGAAGUUAAAAUGCCAGCCUCAGAUGAUCCUGUCAAAGAUGGUACUCACCCAUGUAGAGAGGAUGAUGGUUGCAACACAGAUAACAAGACUGCUGUAUCUGAUGAAGUUAAGAUUCCCAUUUCUGUUGCAGGGAGUUCAAUUGUUGUUUCACCAGGAGAGGGAAAAUCAUCUGAACCUGCUACGGAGGAGUUUCCCGUCUCCAAAGCCAGUCAUGAUAAACUACAGAUAAAACAGAGUUUGUUACAUUCGCCUUUCCAAGAUAGAAUUCAAUCACAUGAAAAGGGCAAUCUAGGUAAGUUAGAUAAAUUGUCACGUACUAAUUCUGUGCCUUGCCCACGGGAAACUACUGCAGAGAACACAACUGAAGCGAGUGACGAAAUUUCAGUCCAUGCAAGUUCUUCCAUGUAAAUUACCACCUAUUCAAAUAAUCAUGACUUGUGAGGAGAGUGUUGUUCAUCCAUGCAGUGAUGGCGUUCAAAAUGCUCAUGCCUGAAGUAUAAACCAAGUCUAGCUUCGUUUGUUCUGGCUGCUACCAGUGUAUUUGUAUGCACAACGUUUAUCACAUUUUUUCCUCCAUAAGUGUCAGGGCUCUGAUGCUAAUAUUCAUAAAGCCUAAUGAAUGAUGCCCCAGGAAAAGGGUAUUCAUACUAAAGCGUCUGCAAAGCAUGCCGUGCAAGUAGUUUCACAGAAGAUGCUGCAGUUGCAAGGUACAAUUUCCACCCAACGGCUGGAAGAGGGGACUUCAUAAAAGUGUAUAUAGCUGAACUCGCUAAUUUAUUUAAUUUUUAUGUAGCAAAUUGUUCACUGUCUAUGUCAGCUCAUCUCAUGACAAAUUUGAGGCUGGUUAAUGUCUGAGGAGAGCUUCUAUUGUAACUAGUUGCCAUGCUCGUGAGCUCAUUUUGGGAAUUGAAACUCUUUCAUUGUAUCAA